UUCCCACCUGAGACCUGUAAACUGCAUGAGCUUACUCUAUGCCCAUAUUCCAAAGCGACCAGACUCUUUCUCUGUUGUGGAUUGAGUCUUGGUACACAUAUACGUACAUACGUAUACAAGAAAUGUGACUUAUGUCACGGAGGAAGUUUGACUUCCGUUUUGUCGCAAAAGGAGUGGAGCCCUUGGGCAUAUGCGCGGUGCAUAAAAUACAUAGUCCCGGUCGAACGCAAGGUGACACAGGUAGAACAAACAACACAG